CGUCCUGCGAGCCCACCUUCUUCCCAUCUUGCUCUGGGCUGCCCACAUACCCCGCCCCAGCUCACAGUCUCUCGUCUCCCUCCCCACUAUUCACGCCGGCCCAUGGACCCCACCAGCAACAGCAGCAGCAAUGGCGCCAUCAUCGCCAUCGGUGUCCUCGUUGCUGCUCUGCAAAAGACCCUCAACGGCGGCGCCAUGGCCGAGAACCUGAUCUCCGUCGCCAUCAGCAUCCUCGGCUACCAGCUUCCGAUGCUCCGGGGGCGCCUUCCCUCUGCCGACUGCGGCAUAUUCUACCGCAAUAUCGAGCGUGGCGAGCAACGCAUGGUCCUGGGCUGGCUCAACGAGUGUGCCAUCCUUUGCAGUUUGCAUCGUGAGCAGCCCCCUGUCCCAAGCCCGGCAACGACCGCAGCCCCUCCACAGGUCCGCUCUGGUCAAAGAACCACGCCCGACUUCAAUCAUGGUGACCCGGAACCAACUCCAUUGCUCGACAAUCGCUCCACCUAUAGCCUUGUGCUCAACACGGGCGCCGCUGCCGAUGACGACGACGACGACGACGACUCUAGCGAGGAUGAGCAGGACAGUACCGAGAAGGAAAACUCGGAGAGACUGGCAGCAUACGAGGCUCAAGUCGGCCGCUGGGCGCACGCCACCUUUGGCAUGAUCAAUUUUGUCUCGUCCGUCCCCUCCAGCAUCAAUCCCACCGGCUCGAAUAUAGUCAGCGAGUCCAGGACCACAAAAGAUCAAUACCUGGACCAAAUCACCUUCGAGAACGAAAACAAGUACAUGAUCUCCAAGUUUGCCGGCAAUAUCCGCAAGAUGACCCGCCGCGAGCUCAUCACUCUGGUCGAGGGCCUAUGGAGGGCAGCACUCAAGUCCCGCACCAACAAGAUCGACAUUUGGGGCAAGCGCUUGCUCAGGGACCUCCGCAAGUGGAAAGGCGAGGCACAGGAGCCCACGCCCGAGCCCGACUUGAUCUGGAGAGCCAACAAGCGAGCCAUUUCGGCAAUGUCCAACUCCAUCAACUCGCUUUCCUUUGAUGAGCCUCUCGAGAGCCUCACUGGAGCUGAAAGGCAGGUCCGGCGGCUGUGGUUGGACUGUCUCUUUGGAAAGGAUGCUCAUCCCACUCUGGAUGAUAUCGCGCACAUCAAAUCCGGCGACUUUUCUCACCUUUCCACCGACUUGCUCAAGCACUACACCGCCUACAAGGCAGCGGCGUACACCCUCCAGACCCUCGAUCAAGCCAAGGAGCACGAAGACUACUGUGUCGUUGCUGGAUACAGCCGCGACUCGCUCUCGAACCUGCUCAACACCCUGGGCCUACGCAGCCCUGUCAACGACCUCAAGAGCGCCCACGCCGAGCACACGGGCGAGGGCGGCCCCUUCUCGGCCCGAAAGACUUUCCACUGGUGGUCGGCGGCUCUGCGGUGCAUCCUCGAGAUUGCGAUCGCGGCCAUGCUGACGGCCAUCCUCGGCAUGGGUCCGCUGGUGGCCAUGAGUACGUCGCGGCUGCUCCUCGUCCGCGCGGGGUUCUUCCCGGUCGGAGCGCCCUGUGCCGACCACUUUAUCGAAGACGCCGAGGUCUUUUCGAACGGCAGCGGCCGCGACGAGUGGUGGGCUCUGAUCAAACUCCGCCAGCCACUGCACGUGUGGACCCAGCUCGGUUCACUCGCACUUGCCGAGCUCAGCAUCGUCAUCAGCGUUUGGUUCCUGGUCGAGAACCAGCACGAGUCGAUCGGCUAUUACUACGUCUGCAACGACUCGCGUCUGAGCGUAUGGCUGCCUCAGGCCAUCGGCGCCAUCGUCUCGGUCAUGGUUGUGCUCGCGGGCUUGGCCAUGGUCGCUCCUCACGCGAUCCGUGACAAGUUCCGGCCGCUGUACUAUUAUGUGGAGAAGCAUUCGCUUGCCGUCCGUGUGCCCGAGGACUCUUUCCCAUCCAAGAGCGACAAACAUGGCGACCACAGCAACCACGACAACCACGACGACGACGACGGCAGCAGCAGCACCCGCACCCGCUCGUCGUUUUCGACCGGCAGCCUCUACGAGAGCCUCAACCGCAGCCUUGGAAUCAAGAAGCAAACGCGCCGGCCCACAAAGAUCUUUAGCCGGACUAUCCUCAAGGACUAUCCCGCGAUCUCGGGCUACGAGUGGGCCUAUAUGAUUGUCUGUGUUAUGAUUGCAACAGUCGUGGCUUGCUAUGCGUUUUUGUCAAAGGAGCGAUUCAACCAGACGGUCUACGAGUUUUCCGCCUUGGUCCUCUGGGGCUUUGGCGAGGCGAUGAACCCGCACAUGCGCCAGGGUCGGAACAUUGUGACCCACGAAAUCAUUGCGUACAUCAUGGCCUUCAUCAGUCUGCUUGUCGGGGCCACCUGUGGCCAAGGACGCAAGUUUACCUUGGGUGCUUGAAAUCACCCCCUUCGUUCGCUUUUCGAAUCGCCUCCGAUCGAAACUUCCCUCCCCCAUUCAUUUUCGAAAGUGUCGAGUUGUACCUCUAAACUCCUGAAUUGAUCAUGCUCAAUCUGCCGCUUGUUCGGUCGCUACCACAUCAUGUACACGUAAUGAAACUAGGCAGUGUAUAAAUGAGGGAGCGGCGCACCGCUUUCUGGUUCCUGAAAAUGCAUCUAUUGAUUUCAAAUGAGGUGGUGGACUCUUGAAGGUAUGGAUUGUCGACAUAACUCCAAGAACAACUGGACCUGGAACGACCAAAUGUUAGGAGGUCAGGCAAUGUUGGAGUAAUAAAGACUCUCCAACUGGUUCAAUA